AUGUAUACAGAGGUUAAAGAGAUAGUAAACUUCAUUUCGAAGUACUUGCUUGGAAGAGUGCCAAGAAGACCGGUAUGUGAGCUUCUGCUUAUCUCAAUAUCGUUCUAUAGACUGGCAUUUUUGCCGCUGAACUUGGAAACUUUCUCAUCAGAAAGUUUGGUGAGUCGCAUUGGGAUGUCAACAACCCGAAACUCGGUUUACUUAGUUUAGCUUUCGCUUUUUUAUCGCAGUAUUAAGAUGAAAACGUACGUAUGAUUGAAAUAAAAUGCAGCAAUGAAACCUCCAAAGUCAUAAUCACAGCUGCCGAAGAAGCCGGCAUUGAUGUCAACGAAAUGCUUCAUCUUCUACCUGGUUAAUUAACUCUUUUGAUCCUAAGUAAUGAUCAAACAUGCAGCCAACUUGCGACUCUUUGGCAAUCCAGGUAAUGUUUACUACCGUGCAGCGGAAUCCGCAGUCGCGGUCCCUAUAUGGAGCGGUCGCGUCGAUGCUGACAAGGAGUGCGCUUUCCGCCUUGAGAGUUUUUUGAACGUUGUUCCAUUCAGUUACCAACCAAUGCCUGAAUGGGCGAUCAACUGCGUGGUUAGAGACGCCGAAAGGAGCUUGAGCAAUCUGGGAGCCGCCGGAAAGACUGUUUAUGUUGGCCAACUCAAAUCGCCAAUCGUUGACAAGGGUUUCAAUUCUUCAAUAACGCUUAAUUGUAUCCUUCCAGCUGUCAACGAACUGAUCAGCGGUUGGUAUGUUCCCCUUGGACUUGAGGACAACGUGGAACUCAAUUCGAAUCUACACGCUUCGCGAACGGUAAAAAAAUUGAAUAAUUUUAUUUUUACUACAUUCUUAAAUUAUUGGAACAAUAAUUGCAGUUAUCGAAUAAUUUUUUUCACUAUUCUUAAAAAAAUGAAAAAGCUUUCGAAAAAAAGGAAAAAAAUAACUGAAAAAAAUUUGAUGUUUUUGAAUUUUUUUCUAAUGUUGGUCGUGACGCCUCAAAGAGCAAAAUCCUAUUUUGUGCAAUUCUCGCCGCUUGUCACGUUUUUUCUACAAGCUAAAGAACACCUAACGUUUUGUCGCCUUUAAUAAAACGGGAUUUUUUUUUGGCUAUAUCAAAGAAGUCAUGCUCAGAAAAAGGCCCGUUAUAGCCGAUUCCGCGCCAGCUUGUCACGUUUUUCUUUCCACCGAAAAUACCGUAUACCAAAGAAGGUCGAAAUUGAGCAUCUUCGCUUCAAAUUAUUUGUUUUUUGCUCUUUUUUUUUAACAGUUUUAUAGAGCGAAAGUUUGAAUUUGCGGUGUUUUUUCUUUUCUGUUCUUUUAAAAUGUGACUACCUUGCGCGGAACGCACUACAGUGUUGAAAUUUGCUUUAUUUGUGUACGGCACUCAAACAAUUUUUGGAUAGAAAAGUCAUUUUUAUUUGAAUCACAAAUGAACAACACCGAAUUUCGGUUAGGCCUGGGCACACCGAAUCGAAUGAAUCCAAAAAAUACGCUCUACAGAACAAAUUGUUUAAGGAACUCCGCAAGCGUUUCGUGUUCAAGCCUCAUUCCAGUCAAACGUACACGGCCAGAGAAUUCUCACAGACGAGAUUCGGCAGCAGCAAGUGCCUUCGAUCGCAAGAGAUUGACUCAUUCUUUGCUUCAGAAUCCGACCUGACGUCGAUGCGAUGAUGAGCUUGAAGCAGAUGGCGGCAGCUAGGAACAUGACGUCACACGAGUCGGACUCCCGUUCCCAUGCCGAUGGUUUGUUUCUUUUGGAGCUCGUUCCUAGCCGGUUUCAGCUUCUUCGCUGUCUUCUUCUCCUAUCGAUGAAGACAAAGUUAUUUAUGAAGACGAGAGAAGUUAGUUUUUUUUUAUUGUGGCUGAACUUAUAGUGCGUUUAAUAUGAAUGUACGCAAGCAAAUUUCUGAAACCGCUUUCUUACUCGGACAUUGGUAACGCGAAAUGGAAGUGCUCUGGGCAUUUCUAGUGACCACUUUAGUAACGUCAGCGCUCUUAAUUGAUCCCUAGGAUCACCCAGAAACGUCCGUUUUGCGUUACCUAUGUUCAAGUACUUUGAUUUUGACAUUCUUUUUUUUUCCUCUGUAAUUCCCAAGGACUUCGCUUGGUACUACCUUCCUAAAAAAAAACUUUCAGACGACACCGAUUAUGAUCAAGCCAACCAAGACAUUUUUGUAAGUUGAUAAUUUUUUUUUCUAUUUUCAAACAAGAAGUAACUUUUCUAGAUGGGAAAAGACGAGAAGCGUCGUUUUUGGGCUGACAAUUGGAAUGCCGGUUGCUGA